UCCAAUCUGACAAAAAAAAUAGAACAUAAUGCAGUAUUUCACAAAUUAAGGCAACUGUUUACUGCAGUUUUGUGCCUUCUCCCAAACUAACACAAUGGUUAUGGCUGUGUGCCAACAAGUUCAUAGAUCAACAUGGAACCAAAUUUCAACAUCAAACAUUAUUUUCACAAUUUCAAGGUAAUAUUGGGAUCUCACUGCAUAGUAUUGUCAUCAGUUUGUGCUUUCACUUAUCUAAAACUUGAUACAGAUCUGUAAAUGGUUACAUUCCUUGUAAACAUUUGUUCAAACAAAUAAACAAUCAGGACACUUGGGGAAAAAAAGAAAAGCAAUCUGAAGGAUUAUAAUUUACUUUACAUAUAACAGGUUUUCUGUUGUCCGUCAAAUUUCAGCAUUUAGGCAUUCAGUAGCCCAAGUGUGCUACUCACAAGUUAACUUCCUGGACAAGGAAUAGCACAAGGGCUAACAUCUUUGGGUUUAUUCGCCCAAAAAUGAAAUUUCUGUCAUUAAUUACUCACCCUCAUGUUGCUCCAAACCCCUAAGACCUUCGUUCAUCUUCAAAACACAAAUUAAGAUAUUUUGUGUGUACAACAUCAACUGCGUAGGAGACUGACAUAAAAGGGAAGACAUUUUUGAAUAAAGUCAUUUUUUUUUGUUUUUUUGUUUUGCGCACAAAAAGUAUUCUCGUCGCUUCAUACUAUUAAGGUUGAACCACUGCAGUCAUGUUGACUAUUUUAAUGAUGUCUUUACUACCUUUCUGGACCUUGAAAGUGAUAGUUGUGUUGCAGUCUAUCGGAGGCCAGAUAGCUCAUGGAUUUCAUCAAAAAUAUCCUAAUUUGUGUUCUGAAGAUGAAUGAAGGUCUUACGGGUGUGGAACGACAUGAGGGUCAUCUAGCAGGCUCCAGGCCUCUCCCAUCACAAUGGCCAACCAGCCAGACUCUGUCAAUCCCAGCCACAAUUUUUUUGACCGUUUUGUCCAGGCGCAGACAUGUAAAGAGACACAGCAGAACUUCACUGAGCUCUGUCGCCACCUGGAGCUCGACUCCAGGGACUACAAGCACUUCUACAGCAAACUGAAGGACAAGCUCAACUACUGGAAGGCCAAAGAGCUCUGGCAGAAAAUCGACAAGAGAGCCGCCCAUCCGGACUAUGAACAGGGCAAGGCAUGUCACCAAAACAAGUGUUUAGUGUUGGGUGCGGGUCCCUGUGGUCUCAGGACAGCGAUCGAAUUGGCCCUACUUGGUGCUCAGGUGGUUUUACUGGAGAAAAGAACCUCUUUCACCAGAAAUAACGUCCUGCAUCUGUGGCACUACACAAUUAAAGACCUCCAAAACCUCGGUGCAAAGAAAUUCUAUGGAAGAUUCUGCAGCGGCUCCAUUCAUCACAUAAGUAUCCGUCAGCUGCAGUUGAUUCUGCUGAAGCUGGCCCUGAUUUUGGGGGUGGAGGUGCACACAGGCGUGAGCUUUGAAGGUCUGAUUGAACCAUCAGGAUCCACAGGAUGGAGAGCACAGGUGUCUCCUAAGACCCAUACAGCUGCAGCUUUUCAGUUUGAUGUUUUUAUUUCAGCUGGAGGGGGGAGAUAUGUGCCUGAUGGUUUUAAAAUAAAGGAGCUCAGGGGCAAGUUGGCCAUCGGUAUCACUGCAAACUUUGUAAACCGCCAUACUAAACAAGAGGCUCAGGUGCAGGAGAUCAGCGGCGUGGCCCGAAUAUACAACCAGAAGUUCUUUCAAGCACUUCAGUCUGAAAUCGGCGUUGAUCUAGAGAACAUUGUCUACUACAAAGAUGAUACUCACUAUUUUGUGAUGACUGCAAAAAAGACAAGCUUGAUUAAAAAAGGAGUUAUAAAGCAGGACUUCUCUGAUGUCGAGCAGCUGCUCGCACCUGCAAACGUCAACCAGGAGGCCCUGCAGGAGUAUGCGUACGAUGCCGCCGACUUCUCCACAGAUCACAUGUUGCCGGACAUGGAGUUUGCAAAGAACCACGCGGGCCAACCUGAUGUGGCCAUGUUUGACUUCACCUGCAUGCACAGGGCAGAGAACGCCUCUCUGGUGAAGGAGAGGAAAGGGAAGAGACUGCUCAUCGGAUUGGUGGGAGACUCUCUGGUAGAGCCGUUUUGGCCUCUUGGCACUGGCAUUGCUCGUGGUUUCCUGGCUGCGUUUGACACGGCGUGGAUGGUCAGGAAUUGGGGAAAAGGUCUGCCACCCCUGGAGGUAUUGGCGGAAAGGGAGAGCGUGUAUCAGUUACUCUCUCAAACGACUCCGGAGAACACCAGCAAGAACUACGGUGCCUACAGCAUCGAUCCGUCCACACGCUACCCGAACGCCAACCUGUCCUCUAUCCUACCCAGACAGGUCAAGCGUCUGUAUGAAGUAGAGGGUGAUGAGAGUAAACCCAACAAACAGAAGAAACCCACCAUAAAAACUAAACCUAAAAGAGACUCUAUCAGACGUCUGGAGGAACUGCUGUCCUGGUGUCAGAAGAACACAGCGGGGUACGAGCACGUGAAGGUGAAAGAUCUGAGCGAGUCCUGGAGGUCCGGCAUGGCUCUCUGCGCUCUCAUUAACAACUUCAGACCUGAACUCAUUGAUGUGACUCGUCUAGAUGAAUACAAUAUCACUGCAAACAAUAAGCUGGCCUUUGACGUCAUGGAGAAAGAGUUUGGCAUCGCUCCCAUCAUGCGUGCCAGUGAAAUGACCACUUGCGGUAAAAUCGACCAGCUCUCGAUGGUGGUCUACCUCACACAGAUACGCAAUGCUCUCACCGAGAAAGACACACCAGCAGAUCGUUGCAACAGCCUUUCGCCCACCAACAAGAACCUCUCUCUAUCCAGAGCCCGCUCGGCCGUUUCUUUCCUCAACACGCUCAAGCGCAACUCCCUCCAAAAACGCAGGGACCGACUGGCAUCAGAGAAAGGACCAAGAAAGCAAAAGAUGAAGGAGAAAGAGGAGGAGAAGGAUGUGAAAGAGGAAAAAUCUGCGGCGCCUGUGGCACCCGUGUCCUCAUCAGAGACGUGUGGCAGUGAGCUCUGUUAUUUCUGCAAGAAGCAUCUGUACGUUCUGGAGAGAGGAAGCGCCGAGGGCAAGUUCUUCCAUCGCAGUUGUUUCAGCUGUUAUCACUGCGGCUCCACUCUGAGGCAGGGCGGAUACACUUUCCACUCCGACACGGGGAGAUUCUACUGCGAGCAGCACUCAGUGGCUGAGGAAGAAGAGGGUGAUGAAGGUCACAGAGGCUCACAGAAUCAUGUUGAGAAUAGUCAUAAUGAAAAGGAUGAUAAGGAGAAGAAACAAAAUGGUGAAGUUGUAGAGAUGGCAUCCCCACCUCCACAUGUCUCCGUCAGACGGAAGGGCUCAUAUAAGAUAUCUGUUGACCCUGACUUUGAAGAGUCGAAUGAGUGCCCUACUCCCACGGAGCAAGAUGACCAACUGCCUGACCUUAAGGAGUCUCAUGAACCACACAAACCCUCAGAGCUCAAUCCAGAGAGCACAGGCAUCGAGAGCCAACAAAAUAACAGCAGUCCAUCCGUUCCAGUGCCGGCCCCGCGAGGUUCCAAAGCUCCGCUGUACCCUCCGCUCCCAAAACCUCGCACUGUCCAUAACGUGAUAACCGAACCCUCAAAUAUCCCAGAGGAACCAGAGGAAACUCAUCACGAGCUCACGCCGGAGUCCAAACCCAAACCGUCCCUGCGCAAACUUCAGCUGAGCGAAGAGGAAAAGGCCGACCUGCUCAGCCAGGAUUCGGACUCGGAGACGCCCGCCUCGUCUUCUGCUGCCUCCACCUCCUCUUCCUCCAAGCAGCAUGAAGGAGGUGAGGAGGAGGGAUACUGGAGUGGAGGCGUCGCUACACGGAAGAGCUUGCAAAACCAGCAUCACCGUCGCUGCAUGAGAAGGAAGAGUGAACCUCCGCUCACCACCCAAUCGCAGCACGGAAAGAUGCGCUCCAAGUUUUCCCCGUGGAAUCUGUCUUCACCACGGCUACAGCAGCGCUUCAGCGUCCUCAGAGUUGCACCUAAAGAACAAGCUGAACCAGACCAUUAUGUAUCAGAAGAUGAUAAUGAAGAAGGUGUUGAUGAUGAUGAAGAAGAAGAGGACGAAGAGGAUCUUCAAGCAGAAGACCAUUUUUUGGAUUGCAGGGGGGGCGAUUAUGAGAUUUCUGACUCAGAGAAACGUGACCUAAAAAGGAUGAAAACUCUGGAGCGGAAAGCAAGAAUGAGCGAAAUCCAGCGCUUCCACAAAGCUCAGACGAUCCAGAGACGGCUGGAUGAGAUAGAAGUGACCUUUAAAGAACUGGAGGAGAAAGGAGUGGAGCUGGAGAGAGCUUUGAGAGGAGAGGCUGGUACGGGUGACCCUGAAACAAUUGACCAGUGGAUCGAUCUGGUCCAGGAGAAGAACAAUCUGCUCUCAGAGGAGUCUGAUCUCAUGGUGGCGUCUCGACAGCUGGAGCUGGAAGACAAACAGAGCAUGUUAGAGAUGGAGCUACGGCGAUACAUGGAAAUGGAUGACACUGAGAAGACCCCUGAGCAGCGAGUAGAGGAGGAGCGGAUCCUGCAGGAGAUGCUGGACGUGGUGGACAUGAGGGAUUCACUGGUGGCCUUCCUGGAGGAGAAGAGGUUGAAGGAAGUCAAUGAUGAACUGUAGUACUGUAGGCAGCCCAGCUGCUCUGAGACUAAAACACAAAUACACACAUUUACCGGCUCAAAACAUGUGCCACAGGGCCCUAUUGGAGUAGUUCACCAUUCAGUCCAUCAUUUACUCAUCCUCAUGCUGUUCUAAACCUUCUAUGACUUUCUGCCUUCUGUGGAAAACAAAAGAAAAAAUUGUGCACAAUCUUCUCUUUUCCAUAAAAUGAUAUUAAAUGCUCACCAGGUAUGGAAGCUUGUUUUCGCCACUAAAUAAAAAAAAAUAAUAAAAAAGGUAAUUGCAACUUUUUAUCUCACAAUUCUGACUUUUUUUUUUGCGAGAUAUGAAGUCAGAAUUGCGAGUUAUAAAUUCAGAAUUGCAUGAUAUAAAAUCAGAAUUGUGAGAUAUAAACUUACAAUUGCGUAUUAUAUAAUGUCCAGUUGUGAGGGGAAAAAAGACUGAUGUUUUUUCUCAGAAUUGCGAGUUUAUGACUUUAUAACUCACAAUUGUAAGUUUACAUCUCGCAAUUCUGAGUUAAAAACUCGCAGUUACCUUUUAAAUUUUUUAUUUAGUGGCGGAAACAAGCUUCCAUAACCAAGGGCUGUCAAGCUCCAAAAAACACAAACGCACCAUAAAAUCUUCAAAAAAGUUCUUAAAGAGAUAGUUCACCCAAAAAUGAAAAUUCUGUCAUUUAUCACCCUCAUGUCGUUCCAAACCCGUAAGACCUUCAUUCAUCUUCAGAACACAAAUGAAGAUCUUAUUAAUGAUAUCUUAGAGAUUUCUGUCCCUCCAUUGACAGUUAUGCAACGUACACUUUGACUCUCUCAUAUGAAUAAAGUGGUUUAGUCCAAAUUUUCUGAAGAGACAUGAUUGUUUUAUAUGAUGAACAGAUUGAAUUCAGGUUUUUAUUCUCAUAUACAUUGAUCACAGAACAUAAAAAAAGAAGUUCAGCCGAACCUGCUUGACACGCGAGAAUGAACCUCAUUGGUUCUCGCACAUCAAGCGAACAUGCUUGAGCUUCCGUUUACCAUGUAUGCGUUGAUGAAUGUUUACAUGUGAAUAAAGCCUACAUUAAAUCUGUUCAUCAUAUAAAGAGAUUGAGUCUUUUCAGAAAAACUGGACUAAACCGCUCAAUUCAUUUGGAUUAGUUUUACGAUCUCUUUAUGAACUUUUUGAAGCGUCAAAGUGGUAGUUGUGUACACUGUCAAUGGAGGGACAGAAAGCUCUCAGAUUUGUAUUUCGAAGAUGAACAAAAGUCGUACGGUUUGGAACAACAUGAGGGUGAGUAAAUGAUGACAGAAUUUUAAUUUUGGGGUGAAAUAACCCUUUAAAUCCAAGGGUUUUGAUACAAGCAUUUAAAGGUAAACGUUAAAUCCCAGCUCUCAGAUUUCAUGUUUAAUGACAGUGAUGCCAAACAUUAAUGCUUCUCAUUUGCCUCAUAACCGGUUUUUCAGUGCUCAAAAUUUGAAUAUGCAUAUCUUCAGAUUGCACAUAUGAGAUUUGAGCACUACAGAAGAGAGGAAGAUUUUCAGAAAACGUUCAGUAUAUUUCCACACAAAUCUACAGUAUGGUGUUUUUUGUCAUUUUUGGGCCUUGACAGCUCCUGCUCACUAUUUACACAUGAAAAAUAGCAGUGUGAAAAUCUCUUGUGUGUUUGGCGGAAGAAAGAAAAUCAUACAGGAGUGCAUCAACAUGAGGGUGAAUAAAUGAUGCCAGAAUAUUUACUGUCUCUAGUGAUUCACUGAUUUUACAUAUUAUAAAGAAACCCAGUGACUUGCAGGCGCAAACACCUACAUUGCACAACUUUGUGCAGAGACUCUGCUCUUGAAAACCAAAGAGUUAAACACAUCUGCGCACACAGCUCAAGAUUUACCGUAAAAUCCUGAGAAACUAGUGCCAGCCGCUAUGGUCUCGCUUCAACAUAAAUGUGCUUUCAAACGGAUAGAGAAACUCUGAAGACUGUACCAAAUGUUGUGGAAGUGCACAUCCGUCCCAGCCUUCACUGCCCGGACACGGCCUUUCCCGAGACCAACGGCGGUCACGCUACAAACUCACACGACUAUAGAUUUUGCUGGGUCAGAUGUUUGCGCACACAUGUACGAUUAUAUUGCAUCUCGCACUUUUAUGAAAGUCUAUCAAGGUCAUGUAUGUUCUAAAUAUCAAGAGAUAUUAUAUAAAAUGUAUUUACACAUUUAUGAUGUCGUAAACCAAUGCCAAUAUCAUGUCUUAAACAGCACUUGCAUUGUAUUAUUAUGAAUAUAUUAUGGCUUUGCAACAUUAAGAGAUUGAAUAUCACGAUGGGCUUUUGUGCAGUGUAUUGUUUUUUUUCCUUGUAAGUGAUUGUAUUUCUCUUCACACAUUCUUCACUUCACAUUAUUAUUAUUAUUAUAUUGUUUUGAUAUUUUCUGCAUGAUCAUGGUUUUGACUCUCAGGGGAACAUCUGCCUGGCCCGGUUUCCAUUUAUAUAUUUCUAAUUAUGUAUAUUUGCGUAUCUUUAUUUGGAAGUAUUUACACAGUAUAUACUGUAAUACUCGUUUUAGUGAGGCACAAAGUCUGUUUGUUCCUUCGCUGUAUGAAAUUCCCACGAAACAUUUAUGUGUUUGAUAAAUCGGUUUUCAUUUUUGAGGCUCUGAGAAUAAUUAGUGGCAUUAAUUCCUGUCGGAGAGGAAUUUUGUGGUAGUGUUUUGGGAACAGUGGUGUAAUUUUUGCUGUUUGCUUUUGUUCCCUGUAUUUCUUUCACAUACACACCAGUGGUUUCUUUUCUAUGGGGACAGUAAUUCACUUCAUAUGCUAAUAAAAUAUCUAGCACUUUAUGUUUUUCUUCUCGGUUGGGUUUCAGUGCUGUGCAAACGGCCUUGAUUUCUUGAUUUACAUCAGAAACAGAUUUUGAGCAUUGACGUCAUGGCUGCUUUUACACGGACGUGUUAUUCUUCAGGCUUUUUUCAUUAGUAUGUGAAACAGUAUGUACUUACAGUAUUCUGGCAACAUUCUGCAACAUUAAAUCAUGUUUCAAACAGA